CAUCACCAGUCUGAGUUUUAAAGAACACAGUUUUUACAAUCAAGUAACUAACCAGUUUUGAAAGAACUUUUCAAUAGAGGUGUGUUAAAAGUACAAAAAGUAGUUAGCGUAUUUGUAUUAUCAUGCAAAUCAACUAACUCUGAUUUGAUAAAGUAAAAACUGAAAAGUGCUCACGUUUACUGUACGUUUUCUCUAUCAGCGAUGUGAUAAAUUUUAAAAGUAAACGUGCCAUUUUAGCUUCUUAAAGAUAAAACAUAGAAUAAAUUGUUUUUAUUCGAGAUAUCAAAAAGCGUACUAAACAGUUUUUGUUUCACGAGUUAAUAUCAAGCUGACAUCUGAUUUGAAAUCUGAUUUUAUCCCACAUCCGCACAUCUCGAAGUUGCCAACAAAAAACAAAUCGCUAAAGUAUCCGUAAAUUAGCCCUCAGUUGGCACUUUUUUACAUCUCUAGUGGUGUUGACCGCAAAAUUAUUGCAAAAACCUAAUUGAAAGCCAGUCUGAAAACGCUAAUGGCUGCAUCCAGUUCUUCGAGAUCAGGAGAAAAGAGAGAAGGAGAGAAAGUCGACGUACAGUGUCCAGGAUGUGGAUCUGAGUUUGACGAGACUGCUUUCGAGCUGUUAUGUGGACAUUGCGUCUGCAAAACUUGUGCAUCCAAAGCUGACUCUAAAACAGUCAAUAAGUGCCCCGUCAUGAGUUGUACAAGCCAUUCAUUGAAGACGACAGAAGGAAAGAAGCUGCGUUUCGAAGAUCUGGCGGAAAGACCAUCUAACAUGUUGAACAGUUUUGCUAUGGUGCCACCACCUCCAUACAGCUUAGAGUCAGAACGACCAUCGACUGCAGCUUCAAUUGCAUCAUCCACUGUUCCUUACAUAGAACUCCAGUCUGUCGUUUUCUGCGAGAAACAUCCCGAAGAAACCGUUCGCUAUUUUUGCAAUAUCUGCAAAAUAGCGAUAUGCGAGCUAUGUUGGAAGCAGAAUCAUAUGGAUUGGAAGAAGCAUAACGUAAGUUUUCUCACUGUGAACUUGGAGCCCCAGAAAUUAACCCUGCAGCGACUGACAGAAUAUAAAGCCGAAAUUCAAAAAACAACUCAAGUUCUGGCUUCCAACGACUGGAAAACAAUAGUUAAACAGAUAACAACAGCUGAAAACGAACAAAAGAGCGUUUUAAAGUCAAAUUCCGCUAAGCAGCUCGAAGACAAGUCUGCAGCCGUAAGAAAACAGCUUUUGGAUCACAAGCAAUCCCUAGAAGCUUUCAAAGCAAAAAUAACGGAUCAGUUCCGCGAAUUAGAACAAAAAUAUGCCAUAAUUUUUGGAGAAUUCAUUCUGACUAGAGAUAACACGGUUUCCUGCUCCAGAUCGCAAACUGCGUUUGCAGAAGGCGGUUACUCAUCACUUGAUGCAGAAAACUUUGCGAGUGGGGUUGACAGACUUGUUCUGAGUGCAGGAACUUCAAAUCAGGAAAGCAUUUCUACUAGUUUUGAUGAAUCACAGGGUGAAGCAGAGAGGAUAAAUCAGAAAGAGAAAAAACCUGGAGAGGAGGCAAGGAAGAGAGAGUUGAUCGGGGUAAAGAAAAUUGCAGAUGCAAGCGGAAUAGUUAUUGACGCUAGCAGCGUAGUUUAUAACUCAGAUACGGAGGAGAUAAUUACCCUUUUUCAACAAUCAUUCCGUGUGUUUUAUCAUAACGAGAACAAUAAUCAGAUAGAACUGAAAAGAGAGAUGGAGUGGAAACAAAUGCGAAAUGAUGCAACUUCCGUGUUUGAUAUUGCCACAGACAUCGACAAUAAUCUUUAUGUGUCAUUAUAUAGAACAAGCGAUCGGAAAUGGAGUGUUGAGAUUGUGAAUCAGAAUAAUCUAAAGAUGAUAAAAGAACUAGACACAACCCAACUUCUCAAUGGAGAUUCUUCAGUUGUUUGGUUCUUGUGUGCAUAUGAAAAGAUCUUAAUAGUGGCAGUGUUUGAUAGGAGAACAGAGAAGCAGAAGAAAUGGUGCAGUAUGACAGUCUACUUCGAUCAAGUCAGACAGUACACAGUACCACUUGAUAUAAAGACAUACGGAAGCGGGGUUUGGAGUAGUAGUAGUCUUCUUGUGAAUGAUACCACGUUGAUACUCCAGUGUGGCUGGGAUUCAAACAAAUUAGCAGUGAUAUCUCUACCAUCACAUCACCAAGAGGAUAUAAAAACAAACACAUCGUCAAAUACAACAACACGAGAAAUACAACCUCAUUCUAUUAAAUAUGUGAGGCUCUCUGGUUUGAGUUACAUUUUCUCCUUGGUUUGGAUACCCUCAUCAGAGUUUGGUUCCUCAAAUUGUCUAGACUGGUAUCUAUUUGCGACGGAACUUUCUAGGAAUGCUACUUUCUUCAGAAUUGGCUUUGAAAAAGAAUUGGACCAGCUGGGAAAAGAAGGAGAGACUGAAUUGAAGAAAAUGGAGGAAAUUCCACCUCUGAAAAAUACAAUGGUUUACUGCAGAAUAGACAACUCAUCUGUGUUUGCGCUCUCUGAAACUACUGAAGUCUAUAAGGGUAACCCAAGUAUUUUGAAACUUGAGUUCGAACCAAGAUUCACAUUGCCAUAAAGUCCUCAAUUUAAAACAAUUGCAGUGAAUUAUUUCAGACUCUCCAUUGCUUAUUACAUCUUUCAACAGUAUUUGUUCUUGUUUUUCAAUUCAGCUCUAAACAGUUUUGAUAGAAAAAUGGUUCCAUCAAACUAGUAGUAUAAAGUUCUUAUUUUAAUUUUGAUUCAUUAA